UGGGUUUGGAGCUUGGGAGGGAGAUCUGGGUUUGAGAGCGAGAGAGGGAUUUGGGAACCAGCAGCCGUGGCCGUGAGAUUGGAUGGGAGGUUAGGGGUCAGAUCCUGACGCGCAGAGGAGUCGCAACCCCAAGAGAGAAGAUUCAGGGUCGGGCUGCUGCUUUCAGAAGGGUUAAGUCAUAAGCCCCCUCCCUCCCCACAACCCUCCCCCCAGGAGCCAGCGGUGACAGCUGAGGCCAUGUGAGGCGAUCCUGAAUGAGGCUUUAUCUCUGGGUCUUCAUCCAGUCGCGUCAUCCACCGUGGCACCAGCUCCCUCGGCCAGCCGGGAUGGGACAGGCAACCCGGACAGCCAGAGCCAGAGAGAUGACGGUGACCGUCCCCUGGACCGUGCAAGGAACAGGACUCUGGGCCUCUAGCUGCCACACGGGUGGUGGGGGCCCCAGGCCAUGAUCUGUACCUCUGCCCCCUGACGCUGCCCUCCGCCCUUCCUCGUGCUAGAUCCGCCAUGUCUGAAGGAGAGGCUCGGGCCCCGCCGGGCCGGGGGCUGCCCCCGGAUGUGCUGGCGGAGCAGGUGGAGCUGUGGUGGUCCCAGCAGCCGCGGCGCUCGGCGCUCUGCUUCGCCGUGGCCGUGGGCCUCGUGGCGGGCUGUGGGGCGGGCGGGGUGGUCCUGCUGUCCUCCACCAGCAGCCGCUCGGGCGAGUGGCGCCUGGCCGUGGGCACGGCGCUCUGCCUGCUGGCCCUGCUGGUCCUGGUUAAGCAGCUGAUGAGCUCGGCCGUGCAGGACAUGAACUGCAUCCGCCAGCCCCACCACGUGGCCCUGCUGCGCAGCGGCGGCGGGGCCGACGCGCUGGUGGUGCUGCUCAGCGGCCUGGUGCUGCUGGUCACCGGCUUGACGCUGGCAGGGCGGGCCGCCGCCCCCGCCCCUGCCCGGCCGCUGGCCGCCAUGCUGUGCGUGGGCAUCACCCUGGCUGCCUCGGGUGCCCUCUUGCUGCUGGGCCUGCUGCUGUAUCAGGUGGCCGUGAGCGGACACUGUCCCCAGACCCGUGCGGCCGCCCCCGCCACCCGCAGCGGCCGCAGCGGCGACAGCAGCGUCUUCAGCAUCUCGGGACAGUUGUCCGCUGGCCGGCGGCACGAGACUACGUCGAGCAUCGCCAGCCUCAUCUGAGCGAGCCCGAGCCCUCCUUCCCGCCACCCGCCUCAGCCUCCACAGAAGCGUGCCCUGGCGCGACGGAGUGUGCGUGCACGCGCACGCCAAGGGGACCGUGACUGCCCGUCUGUGCCCAGGACUGCCCAGCCCUCUGAGGGACUGUGUGACGUGUGGCGAGGAGCCGACGUGCACCCACACACCCACGUCACAAGGAGAGACCUGCUUCUCCUUGGAGCGCACGGAACCGUCCGUCUGCCUGUCUGUGUCCGGCGCCUCUAGGCAGAGAAGGGUCUGGGAUCCCUGAAGAUCCUUGGCCCCGAUUCCUAACGCCCCUCAAAGGCAACUCUGCCCUGCAACACCUGGCAGGGCUUUCCCCAGGAGAGGCCCAGGGACUGCACCAGUGAUCCCCCUUUAUCAAGGAGACUGAGUGGGAGCAGAGUGGACAGAACACAUUCUCCGGAAUGACAGGCCGAGGGUGCAGUCCCACCUCUGCCACUCACCAGCUGGGGGCCUUGGGCAAGUGGCUUAACCUCUCUGAGCCCCAGUUCUUGAGCGUCUUGGUCAUCGAUUAUUAGGAUCAAAUAACUUCGUGUAUAGAAGGACCGGGCACAUAGCAGAUGUGCAAUAAAAGUGGUGGCUGCUGU